AUGAAAUAAUUGAAGUAGAAAUGUGUUUAUUCUAAUCAUAAAGAAAGUAUUUAAUCAAUAUAUAAAAUUAGAAAAAUACUUCAUCUGGGCUUCUUUAGAAGAAAAUAAUUUUUAUUAAACCUAUUUUGAUUGA